GUCAAAGUUUAAGGUUAAAUUCAGUUUUCAAAACUUUUUUAAAAAUAUUAAUAACAAAUACACCUUUAAACACGAGCGUCUUACGUAAGCCAUAAAAUAAGUAUAAUACAAGUAUGUAUGAGUUCACUGAUAACUAGAAAUAUAAAGAACAACACCUGAGAUAAGGUGCAUUUUGUGCCGAAACGCUGAUACUCAUUCUAACGCAGUGUCAUUGCAAAUUGUAAUAAUUUCGCACGUUUUAAAACGCCUGUUUUGAAUAUACUAGUCAUUUUAUUUAAAGUGCUUGAAUUAGUGUUUAAUAGUUGAGUUCGGUAAUAAAAUGCAAGAAAAUAAUAUUAUCGAAGGACCAAAAGUAGAUCAUGCUCUAGAGGGCAUUUCUUUAGGGGAUGCUACUUUAAAUGUUCUCAAAUCACAAAAUAAUAAAGUCGCACAGAUUGAUCCCAUAAUAAACCAAGAACUAAGAACAAACUUGAUACUAAAUAGAGCUAUUGCAAUCGCUAGAUGGUUUGAUUCGAUAGGGUUGCAAGUAGGGGAUGCUGUAUCAAUUUGCAGUGAAAAUCGUCUAGAAUUUGUUUCUGUGCCAGUCGCUACGUUUUUUAAUGGGAUUAGCUUUGCUCCGAUUAAUCCAGAGUACAACUCACGAGAAUUACAACAUUGUAUUGACCUAUCGAAACCUAAAGUGAUAUUUUGUUCUGUAUCUUCAUUAAAGAAAAUUUUGGAUUUAUCCCAAACAAAUCAAUUUAUAAAACAUAUUGUUCUUUUUGAUAAAGAAAAGACACGACAGAAAAAUAUUACUUACUUUACUGAUAUUACCAAGGGGGCGAAUGAUGGAAAAGCGGAUGAUAGUUUUAAGUGCAAGACUUUUGAUACCAAAGAAACGGUUGCAACAAUCUUAUGCUCUUCGGGCACAACAGGUUUGCCAAAAGGGGUUUUAUGUACACAUUACAAUAUGCUAGUUUGGACCAUCAUUUCAAAAGAAUUUAUUAGCCAUAAUGAUGAUAUCAAUAAUGAAGAAACUACAAUUGGUGUUAUUCCAUUUUUUCAUUCAAUGGGUUUCAUGUUCAUGUUCCUGUCCCUUCUCAAGGGUACAAAAUUUAUUGUAUUAAAAAAAUUUAAUCCCAAACUAUACCUAGAAUGCAUACAAAAAUACAAGGUAACCUCUCUUUCUAUGCCUCCACCGAUCGUUUUGUUUCUUAACAAAAGUUCUUUAGCAAAAAAAUACGAUUUAUCCAGCGUUAAAUCAAUUAUUUGUGGAGCUGCUCCACUUUCGAAAGAACUGGAAAUUAUGACAACUAAAAGGUAUAAAUUGGAUCAUUUUGCCCAAGCUUAUGGUUUAACUGAAACAACAUUAGGGGUUCUUAUGAAUCCGGUGGGCAACAAAAAAGUGGGUUCUGUAGGACGAGUGUUACCUGGAAUGCAAGCAAAGGUUAUAGACGAAUCAGGUAAAGCCUUGGGUCCAAGGCAGGAGGGCGAAUUAUGUUUUAAGGGUCCUAUAAUUAUGAAGGGAUAUAUUGGCGAUCCCGAAUCAACGCAUACCAUGCUAGAUAAGGAUGGAUGGUUACAUUCGGGGGAUAUUGGUUAUUAUGAUGAGGAUGGCUAUUUUUUUAUUGUUGAUAGAGUUAAGGAACUGAUAAAGUACAAGGGAUUCCAAGUGGCUCCCGCUGAAUUAGAAGCACUUUUGUUAACCCAUCCUGCUAUAACAGAUGCGGCUGUCGUAGGUUUGCCAAACGAAGAAGCCGGGGAAUUACCUGUUGCUUUUGUAACUAAAAGAAAAAAUGCUAAAGUGACUGCCAAAGAAAUUGAGAAUUUUGUAGCAGAUAAAGUUUCCAAUUAUAAAAAACUUAGAGGAGGAGUUUAUUUUAUUGAUCAAAUACCACGGAAUCCCAGUGGGAAAAUUUUGCGUAGAUUAUUACGAGAAAGGCUUAAAAAUUUUCCCUCUAAAUUAUAGUUACACUUCUUUUUGCUUUAAUUAUUAAUUUUAAAUACUACUCCAGUUUUUGUUAUUAUUUACGAUUUUUAGAUAAUUUGGUAGUUAUUGUACUAUUAAAAUGUUUUUAAUGAAGUGAUGCAUGUGUAAUGGGUAGCUGGCUUUAAUAAAUGUUAAAAUUUUCUCUA